AUCGUAAUAAUAUUUUCGCCGCGAACGAGGGUCUACCUGUUAAGGUUGAGAUUUCGUUUGGUUAGAAGGGAAGCUGUCGAGACAAUAGUACGACGUAGCAAAGUCGGUGAUUGGUUUCUCCUAUACAUGUUGGGGGAAAAUUUGGACACCGUAAUAUACAGGGACGUGAUGCACGAAUUGGCGAAUAGACUUGCAUCUAGGCAUCAUCACGGUUCGCCAGGUGGUAAAGGAGAAUUACAAGAAGCCUGAUCUAGGCUGCCUCGGAGGAUGAUCGGAGGAUUCCAAAAAUGCCGAGGUUCCUCCCGCAUAUCUUCUUGUCCUUUGGAAUGGACGUGCCGUUGUUUUUUUCCUCGUCGUCGUCGUCGUUGGUUGUUCGUUUAAAGAAAAAAAAAAAAA